UCCACCUCCACACAAACAAAUCCACAUAAUCCAUCUGCCAGUUCUGCGCAACCAACCCCACCCAUUAUUAACCCAUCCUCACAAUUUAAUCACAACCGACCCACUCGUAUCCGAGUCCCCAACCCCAAAUAUCUUGGAGGUCCCUUCGUUAACGUCACCACAAAACACCCAAUCCCACCUACCCUUGAGCCAACCAGUGUAAAGCAGGCGUUGUCAGAUCCAAGAUGGACCUCUGCCAUGCAGGAUGAAAUGCAAGCUCUAAAACGCAAUAAUACGUGGAGUUUAGUUCCCCCUACUGGUCAGACUCCGAUAACAUGCAAAUGGGUCUAUCGGAUCAAGAGAAAUUCAGAUGGCAGCAUUUCACGUUUUAAGGCCUGACUCGUGGCUCGCGGGUUUUUACAACAACCCGGACGUGACUACUCCGAAACAUUUAGUCCCGUUACCAAGCCAGCAACUAUACGUAUUAUAUUGUCUAUUGCACUGGUUCGGAAUUGGUCACUUCGUCAACUGGACGUGAAUAAUGCCUUUCUACAUGGGACAUUAACGGAGGAGGUGUAUAUGGCUCAACCGCCCGGUUUUCGGGAUCCUCAGUUCCCUACACAUGUUUGCAAACUCCACAAGGCACUAUAUGGGUUAAAACAAGCCCCACGUGCUUGGUACAUGGAACUGAGCCGGUUUCUUCUUUCUGUGGGCUUCCAUAAGUCACGGGCAGAUGCAUCCCUAUUUAUCUACUCAUCUAAUGGUAUACUAAUUUAUUUCCUUGUCUAUGUUGAUGACAUUGUUCUUACAGGGAAUAACUCUCAUGCCAUUGAAGCAUUUGUCCGGCAACUUACACACCGUUUUUCGGUCAAAGAUUUGGGUAUGCUCCAUCAUUUCCUUGGAAUUGAAGUGGUUCCCACUCCCACUGGAAUUUUUUUGACUCAACGUCAAUACAUACUCAAUAUUUUGGAGACAUGUAACAUGAAUGGAGCAAAGGAGGCAGCUACUCCUAUGUGCACCAAAACGUCGGUAGUGCUCAGAGAUGACACAUCUCCUACCGAUGCCACACAAUACCGCCAGGCUCUAGGUCUUCUCCAAUAACUGUCCUUCACUCGUCCCGGCAUCUCAUUUGCUGUCAAUCGGUUGUCUCAAUUCAUGCAUGCUCCCACCGAGACCCAUUGACAAGGUGUGAAAAGAAUAUUACGAUAUCUCAAAGGCACUAUCGAUCAUGGCCUCUUUCUCAGCCGGUCCUCAUCCUUGACUUUAUCCGUAUUCUCAGAUUCUGAUUGGGGAGGGGUGCAUGAUGGGGGCCGUUCAACUACGGCUGAUGUUCUCUACUUAGGCAGUAAUGUUAUCUCAUGGAAGUCAGCAAAGCAGAAAACAGUUUCUCGUUCUUCUACUGAAGCUGAAUACAAGGCUGUUGCGAAUGCUAGUGCAGAAAUGUUGUGGGUGCGCAACUUGCUAGCCGAGCUGGGAAUUUCGCUUGCCUCUACCCCACAGCUUUUUUGUGACAACCAAGGAGCUACCUACGUGUGCAGUAAUCCUGUUUUUCAUUCUCGGAUGAAACAUCUUGCCUUGGAUUUCUUUUUUGUACGAGAACUGGUUGAACGUGGUCAAUUGAUGGUCAAACAUAUUUCUACAAAACAUCAGAUCGCUGAUAUUCUCACCAAACCUCUCAGCAAGGGUCCAUUCCUUUACUUUCGAUCCAAGCUGGGAGUAUCCAACGGAUCCUCCAUCUUGCGGGGGCAUAUUAACGCAUAAUAUUAAUAUAAUAUUAUUGUACAUUUGUUAUAUGUAAUUAUCUCAUACGGUAGUUAAUAUUUGUAUUUAUCCCAUACGUAUGACUAGCUAUAUCCCUUAGUUUGUGAUUAGUUAGUUAUUUGAUCUUAUCACCACCUACUGUAACUCUAUAUAUUCAUGUACGUAGCUAAAGCUGAAUACAACAAUUCAAUAUCUUCCAAUAUA